CUAAUUCAAGAUCGUUAAAUCGGCAGUUUAUCUUCUUUGUAUAAAUUUCAGGAUUAGACAAUGAGUCGAGGAUUCAAAUCAGUUGAAUUGAUGAACGAUCCUCUUAACAGGUUGCCCGAUGAUGUUCUUAACACGAUCAUUUGUAAACUGGAACUGAAAGAUGCAGCAAAGACAAGCGUUUUAUCAAAAAGAUGGAGAUAUGUUUGGAUUAAUCAUCCCGAUCUCCACUUUACCCAUUUGAAUGUACUUGGAUUUGAUUAUAGCCAACUUAAGAGAAACUGGGUAGGAGUAGAUACCAUCUUUGUCAAUUUUGUGGAUCAAAUUAUGAAGCAGAGGUUUAAAGGAGAAGACAAGAUUAAUUCCUUUUGUCUUCGGUUUGAAUUGGGGAAACCCUUCUCUCAUUGUAUUGAUAAGUGGAUCAGUUAUGCUGUUCGAAAAGAUGUUGAAACCAUUGAUCUUGAUUUCUCUAGAUUUCCCUUCAACGCUUCUAGAUAUUCAUCUUUCAAUCAUCGAUUUGCGAGGUAUAACUUUUCGUUGUUACGAACAACUUCAGAAAAUAAAGGGUCAUUGAAGCAUCUUCGACUCUCCUAUUGCAAUUUCAUGGGUCGGUCAAGUUCCAAGAAGUUUGAUUCACUGGUUUCCCUUAAGCUUCUAAAAGUAAACAUAAGCGAUAUUCAAUUGACAAAGGUUCUAGAAUGUUGCUCGUUGCUCCAAGAAUUAUCUCUGCAUAACUGUUCUAAUAAACUCACUUAUUUGAGUUUCGGGGAUUUGAACAACAACACACGUCUUAAGGUUUUGUCGUUGAAGAACUGUCUCAAACUUAGGGAGAUUAAUCUAAUUUGUGCCCACAAUCUGUUUUCCCUUGAGCUUGAAAGUAUAAAUAUCAGCGAUCUUCAAUUGGCCAAGUUUCUAGAAAUCUGCCCGAUACUCGAAGAAUUGACUCUGAAUACAUGUUCUCAACUAAUGUAUCUGAGAAUUGACAAUUCCAACAGCUCUUGUUUGAAGAAUUUGUCCUUGAACAGCUGCUCUAAUCUUAGGGAGACUCGUCUUUGUGCCAGCAAUCUUCAUACGCUCUCAUUCACAGGUCACAAGGGAAGUUUCUAUUUUCAGAGAACCCCGAAUCUUGUUAAUGUUUUCAUAGGUGAAAACAUAAAUGGAAUGCAUCCAUUCAGUUUGUUGGAGUCUGAAACCUCGACUUGUUAA